AUGCGGUCGCAAGUUUUGCUUGGGCUUCUAGCAACCUCUCCUGAAGACAGAUCAGAACGUAUCCUAGACCUAUGUAUACUCCCUCUUCCAAACUGUGCAGAAUCCCGCGAAAUUCUGGACAACGAUGAGGCUAUACAGCAUCUCAAUCGGAUCAUGUCAGCAGAACAAUGGGAAAGGAGAUUGGAUCUCUCUAGCUCAAGAUGCUUGACAUCGGAAGAAGGUGCACACUUCCGACGUAUUGCACGACAUAAGAAAGGUGGGUGUCCUUGGCCUACGUCUGACUGUUGUGAUCAAGAAGUCAGACUCCGGAGCCGGAUCACAAGGUAUAAUAAGAGGAAAGCAGAGGAGGAAAUCAAGUCAUCAAGUCAUGUGUGUGGAUGUGAUUGUGCUAGCAAGGAUCUGGAGAAGUGCCAAUUACGGUGCGAAGAAAACCGGGACAGAAAGCCAAAUAGACUUUUGAGCCUGGAGGGAAUCAAGUUCUAUGCAGAAAUCUUUCUUCGGGGAGGGAACGCCGAUUAUUAA